AUGCGCACAUCUGUACAUGGCGACUUUUUGCACUGAAUGGGAACAGAAUGUAACAACAUAUGGAGAACAUUCGGCUCCAGCAGAAAAAGGACAGACAUGGCUGCUGUGGCAAAACCAGGCAGAAUGAAUGCUUUUUCUACAACUCACGAUUGGGAAUCUGCAGAUUAUGAGCCGACCCUUCCUGUGACAGAGAAGUCCAACCCGCUAACGCGCGACAUAGACAGAGCUUCAGCCUCCAGCAUCGUGAAGAUGCUGCAGGCCUGCGACGCCCAGAUGUUUCAGGAAAAGUCCCAAACAGAAUAUCAGAGACUUUUGAGCGAGGAAAUUGUGAAAACCUUAAUGGAGGUGGCCGAGAGGGUGCGGCUCAUUCUUAAGGAUCCUCAGGACAGCCUCGUCGUUCUGAGUGGUUGUGGCACUUCUGGCCGACUUGCAUUCUUCAUGGCGUCAGGAUUUAACAGAGAGCUGCAGCGGCUGAACUACGCCCCCAUUUGUUCGUACGUCAUUGCAGGAGGAGACAGAGCUCUGUUUUCCUCUCAAGAGGCUCCAGAGGAUGACCCCACAUUGGGCGCGCUCCGUCUGAAAAAGGUUUCUGAGGGAAAGAAAAGAGUCUUGUUCAUCGGCGUCUCCUGUGGAUUAUCUGCUCCAUUUGUGGCCGGUCAGUUGGAUUUCUGCCUCCGGCAUCCUGAUGUUUACACACCUGUACUGGUUGGAUUUAAUCCUGCACAUCAGGCCAGGAAUGAGCCCCUACCUGGCUGCACGCUAACGUUUCGCAGUGUGGUGACCAGGAUGGAAGAGCUAGCCAAAACUCAAAAGGCUUUCCUCAUCAACCCGGCACUCGGGCCGGAAGCCAUCAGCGGCUCCUCCAGGAUGAAGGGAGGCAGCGCCACCAAGAUCCUCCUGGAGGUCGUCUUUUCUGCCAGCUUCUCAAGAACGCCCGUCACAUUCAAUGGGAUUCUGCAGCAUAUGAGAUCUUAUAAAAAAGCUCUAGACUUUACAUACUCGCAUUCAGAGGAGAUAGCUGUGCUGACGGAGGCUGCUGGACGCAGUCUGCAGUGUGGGAGGCAGGUGUGUUACCUGGGCUGGGGCUCCCUGGGUUUGCUGGGCCUUAUCGACGCCAGUGAAUGUAAGCCCACAUUCGGAGCAGACUACGAAGAUAUUCGGGGUUUUGUCAGCGGAGGCUACAAAGAACUCGGCAACAAUGAGGGCGAUUUGACUUUGAUGGGCCCUGAGUUCAGCAUCUCUCAUGAUGACUUUCUGGAUCGCGUCCUGCCCCGUCUCACGGACGACGACACCGUUCUGCUUCUCUACUCUGACUCUGACGAUGUCGACGAGGUGGCAAAGCUGGCACACAGAGUGAGAGAAAAGACACCGAACAUUCAUGCUGCUUAUCACCAGACUGAUGGAGGCACCGCUGCACAACAAGAUGACAUAAAUAAACUGUGUUCAUCCACCAUUAACUUCACAUGGUCCCAAGAAACACCCAAGCGAUUGCAACACAUGCGGGAGCUGUCCACUAAGCUGCUUUUGAACGCAGUGAGCACCGGAGCUCACAUCUUAAAGGGAAAAGUGUUUAAGAACUACAUGGUCGACCUGCAAGUCACCAACAGCAAGCUCUACCGCAGAGCCGCACGUUUACUGCAGGAGCUGUCCAGUCAUUCGGAGUCACAGAGCGAGGAAGCCCUGCUGAAGGCCAUUUAUCAAGUGGACAAGCUCAGUGAAGACAUAAUGACCUGCAGCUUGGAUACACACACACACACUGCCGGAAAGGCUAAGAAGGUCGUCCCAUUGGCUUUAGUCUGCCUGCUGACUGGCUGCUCUAUAAAGGAGGCGGAGACUCGUUUGGAGCACCAGCCAAUCGUCAGAGAGGCAGUGGAGGCGUGUUUGAAGUCAUCAUAAGGUCACAAUGAUCAUACAACGAUGAACUCUGCGGCUAAAUGACACCCAAAGGUUCAAAAAUCAUUAAAACUGAGUCACUAACAAUGCAUUUCUGCAUUUAAGCACUAAAGAAACCUGAUUACAAACUGAUAUUUGAACACUAUACACACAGCCAAACAUGGUGGAGGUGGCGUCAUGCUUUGGGGUUAAAGGAUUUUGUCAAGGAGGGUGAAGUUAUGAACCUAACAUCUUUCAGGUGUCUGAUAGAAAUCUGAAGGAUUAGGCAAAAGUCUAGAAAAAAUGUCUCUGUGAAUGAAAAAUUUAUAUUUUCCAAAAAGAUUUUAAAAAAUCCAUCUUGCACAAAGUACUUUUUAAAAGUAUGACGUCUCAAAUCUCAAAGUUAACACCUUGGUGAUGUUUCACUGCUGAUCUUUCAUAACUGCAUGUUGAGGCUCUGUUGCGUGAUGUAAGUCAACCCAAUCCUGUGACCUUUUGUGAAUCGACAGACACAGUCACAGGUACUGGAUUAGUGUGACGUGUGUGGGCAUGUGUGUGUGUGUGUGUGUGUGUAUCUCGAAAUGUUUGAGCAGCUUUGGAAGCACAGAGAGCACAGUGUCAAACACUACAGGAAGGAACAGAGAAAAAAGCAACUCAGGUGUUGAUCAGAAAGCUCUGCCACAUGACAUUUUAGCAGUGAAAAAUAUUCAUCACUCAGGAUUAUGCGGAAAUCCUGACGGCUGAACUUGUGAUUUAGUGCGAAAUCCUUAAAAUCCACGGCUUAGCAUACCGAAAAUACUGGGAUUUUCCAAAUCUUCCCUUUUUUUCAUCAUACCUGAUUAGCUUAAAUGUACAAAAAUGCUAAAGCUAAUAGGGUGCAGAAACAAUAACAUGACCAAAUAAGAUCAAGCAUUAGUGUCAUACAUGCAAUCUAUGACAAUUAAAAGACAGAAUUUUAGGUGAAUAUUUUUCCUCUCUCUAAAAAAAAAGUAAGAGUUCUCUAAAAUAUUAGCACAAGCACUAAAAUACAAGAGCUGCACCGGUAGAUGAUGAUAAUGUUGACAUUUGUGAUGCACUUAUUGUACAGGUAUGUUGGCAAUCAGCUGUGGCGAAUUUAAAUGAAUAAAAAUAAAGAUUUAUCACAUUUAACUAAUGAUUUUACUGGGGGUCAAUUGCUGUCACAUGGUUAGCUAUUUUUUCUUAAUAAAUUCAAUAAUCUCUUGAAAACUGCCUUGUGUGUUUAUCCUGGUCGUCUCUGACAUUCAAAUUUGUUUGAUCUUUGACGUAAAAUGCAAAACAAAUCUGUUCAUUGCAGCGUGAAUAUCCAAC